CAGCCUGAGCUCCAGGCCCCGCCCGCCCGCCCGCACCAUGGCGAAGAAGAGCGCCGAGAACGGCAUCUACAGCGUGUCCGGCGACGAGAAGAAGGGCCCCCUGAUCGUGCCCGGGCCCGACGGGGCCCCGACCAAGGGCGACGGCCCCGCGGGCCUGGGGGCUCCCGGAGGCCGCCUGGCCGUGCCGCCGCGCGAGACCUGGACGCGCCAGAUGGACUUCAUCAUGUCGUGCGUGGGCUUCGCGGUGGGCCUGGGCAACGUGUGGCGCUUCCCCUACCUGUGCUACAAGAACGGCGGAGGUGUGUUCCUCAUUCCCUACAUCCUGAUCGCCCUGGUUGGAGGGAUCCCCAUUUUCUUCUUGGAGAUCUCGCUGGGCCAGUUCAUGAAGGCCGGCAGCAUCAACGUCUGGAACAUCUGCCCCCUGUUCAAAGGCCUGGGCUACGCCUCCAUGGUCAUCGUCUUCUACUGCAACACCUACUACAUCAUGGUGCUGGCCUGGGGCUUCUACUACCUGGUGAAGUCCUUCACCACCACGCUGCCCUGGGCCACGUGUGGCCAUACCUGGAACACUCCCGACUGUGUGGAGAUCUUCCGCCACGAAGACUGUGCCAAUGCCAGCCUGGCCAACCUCACAUGUGACCAGCUUGCUGACCGCCGGUCCCCUGUCAUCGAGUUCUGGGAGAACAAAGUCUUGCGGCUCUCCGGGGGGCUCGAGGUGCCAGGGGCCCUCAACUGGGAGGUGACCCUGUGUCUGCUGGCCUGCUGGGUGCUGGUCUACUUCUGUGUCUGGAAGGGGGUCAAGUCAACAGGAAAGAUCGUGUAUUUCACCGCUACAUUCCCCUACGUGGUCCUCGUCGUACUGCUGGUGCGUGGAGUGCUGCUGCCCGGCGCCUUGGACGGCAUCAUCUACUAUCUCAAGCCCGACUGGUCGAAGCUGGCGUCCCCUCAGGUGUGGAUAGAUGCCGGCACCCAGAUUUUCUUUUCUUACGCCAUUGGCCUGGGGGCCCUCACGGCCCUGGGCAGCUACAACCGCUUCAACAACAACUGCUACAAGGAUGCCAUCAUCCUCGCGCUCAUCAACAGCGGGACCAGCUUCUUUGCUGGCUUCGUGGUCUUCUCCAUCCUGGGCUUCAUGGCCACAGAGCAGGGCGUGCACAUCUCCAAGGUGGCCGAGUCAGGGCCUGGUCUGGCUUUCAUCGCCUACCCCAGGGCUGUCACACUGAUGCCUGUGGCCCCGCUCUGGGCUGCCCUGUUCUUCUUCAUGCUGCUGCUGCUCGGCCUCGACAGCCAGUUCGUAGGUGUGGAAGGCUUCAUCACCGGCCUGCUGGACCUCCUCCCGGCCUCCUACUACUUCCGUUUCCAGAGGGAGGUCUCCGUGGCCCUCUGCUGCGCCCUCUGCUUUGUCAUCGACCUCUCCAUGGUGACCGAUGGUGGGAUGUAUGUCUUCCAGCUGUUCGACUACUACUCGGCCAGCGGCACGACCCUGCUCUGGCAGGCCUUCUGGGAGUGCGUGGUGGUCGCCUGGGUGUACGGGGCCGACCGCUUCAUGGACGACGUGGCCUGCAUGAUCGGGUACCGACCCUGCCCCUGGAUGAAAUGGUGCUGGUCUUUCUUCACCCCGCUGGUGUGCAUGGGCAUCUUCAUCUUCAACGUCGUGUACUACGAGCCGCUCGUCUACAACAACACCUACGUGUACCCGUGGUGGGGCGAAGCCGUGGGCUGGGGCUUCGCGCUCUCCUCCAUGCUGUGUGUGCCCCUCCACCUCCUGGGCUGCCUCCUCAGGGCCAAGGGGACCGUGGCUGAGCGCUGGCAGCACCUGACGCAGCCUAUCUGGGGCCUCCACCACUUGGAAUACAGAGCUCAGGACUCGGAUGUCAGGGGCCUGACCACCCUGACCCCAGUGUCCGAGAGCAGCAAGGUGGUGGUGGUGGAGAGCGUCAUGUGACAGGCACCCCGGCUCACAUCACCAGCUCACCCUCUUGUAGCCAUAGCAGCCCCUGCUUCAGCCCCCCCACCCCUCCAGGGGGCUUGCCUUUCCCUGACACGGGGUCUGCCUGGGGUGGGGGGAGGGGAGGAAGCACCAGAGUGCUUAUAACUAAAAUAACUUUUUCCAUUUUUAAUAAAACGCCAAAAAUAUCACAACCCAC